CAAAUCCGAUCCCAGCACUGAGUGUGCGCGUGCACGGCGGCAGAGCGCGGGCCGUGAGCGCGCUCGGUGACUCCGCAGCUGACGUAUUUCUUGUGCGGGAGCAGCAGCUCGGCGGCGGUGACGCGUAUGGGUACGGAAAGCUCGAGCCGGGGCUCAGUGUGUGGAUCCCUCGUCCUCCUGGUGAGCACUUGUCUGGCCUGAGAGCGGGAUAGCUGUAGACAUGUCCGGGGAUAACGAAGAGACGCAGACGGCCGAGGAUACAUCGGUGGAUGAGAAGGAGGUCCAGGACAAGGUGAUCAGCCCGGAGAAGGCAGAGGAGGUGAAGCUGAAGGCCAGAUACCCAAACUUAGGAAAUAAACCCGGAGGCUCUGAUCUGCUUCGCAAACGCCUCCAAAAGGGGCAAAAGUACUUUGACUCGGGGGACUACAACAUGGCUAAAGCGAAGAUAAAGAACAAACAGUUGCCAACAGCUGCACCAGAGAAGACCGAGAUCACAGGGGACCACAUCCCCACCCCCCAGGACCUGCCCCAAAGGAAACCCUCCCUGGUUGCCAGUAAACUGGCAGGCUGAUGCACCCGUAGCCCUGACAUCUCCUGCAGUACCUCCCAGCCCUAACCCUUUCCACUCGAGUCUCAGAGCUGUAACAUUACCUCUCCCGCCCACCCACCCCCUCUCCCACAGUUCCACCUGUCCCCAGCAUCUACCCCCAUCCCCAACUGCCUGGACCCAUCUUCAUAAAGUCCCACCUUACCACUCGGUGAUCCAGCUGGCUGAUUCCUUCAAAUCCUGUUAAUUUUACUUUUCACCCCACUUGUCCCCGUCUCUACCUCCUGUCUCUGCUUUGUCCCUCACUACUCCCACAAACUGACUGCCCCUCUGUCACUGUCCUCUAAGCUUUCAUGGUCCUUUUUUAUUUUCUCAUUACUUCCAUGUUUUAUCAUACACUGAAAGACAGGACAUCCAAGUGUGAGUGUGAUGAACGUACUGUGACUCUUCUGUACUAGGGAUGGAUGAUCAAUACUACAGCGUUUACUGGCCUAAGAGCGGGGCAAGAAGCAAAAGUUGCAUCUUGAGUGUUUAGAGGGCUUUUGGUAUAGACAUCAGGAUUCUACUGUGUGUGUGUGAGUAUGUAUGUGUGCAUGUGUGUGUGUGUCUUUUGUUCGGCACAGGGGCAGAUAUCAGCCUUUUAGAAAGUUAAACAUCAGAUUUGUAUCAUUCACUGUAUGUCCUUAUUCUAAAUUAUGCUGUCAAUAUGCUUGAGUGAUUGACUGAGUAUAGUAAUCCAGAGGCCAAGCUCAGUUUUGUUAACACUUUGAUUGUGAAACGGGGAGCGGGGUCAUACUAAAAGACUGCACGGUGAAGGCCACAGUGUCAUAAAGACCUGCUUAUGUGAAGCAGGGCUCCUAAAGGCAAACUUCACUGAGUUCCAUUUGAAAUCAUUAAGGUGCACUGAACAGACAUUUAAACUUGCCGAAAAAAGCUCUGGUGCAAGAAAAAAUCUCUGCGUGGCAGAUCUGUGGUUCAUUCAAAACGUUUCGAAACUAAAAGAAGGGGAUGCCAUUGUUGGCUUCAAUCUGAAAUGUAAUGUUGAAAGUUUGCACUGUAUCUGUGAAGUGCCAUGCAUUUCAGCCUCAGAGGACGACACAUACCUCUCCUUGGGUCAAAAUGUCUAGUUUCAAGUUGUCAUGAAUGACUCAACCAUGCUUGUAGUGGAGUAUACAGGACCUGAAAGCUCAACUCCUGUCAGUAGGGACCAGUCUUUGUGAUGUGUGUGAGAAAAAAAAUCUAUUGUUCAAAAUUUACUGGGAGCAUCUCUUGGCAUUGGGAACAAAGAGUCUAAUGAAUUGUGUUCAGAUUUGGGGGUUAAAAUCUAUACUCAUAAGUUAAAGUAGUUUUAUCUUGAAAUUGUCCUCAGGCCCCUGUAGUGCUUCUCAAGGGUCCUUGCUGACUAGAUGAAGUUUACCUGUCAUGUGGUAAAUCUAAGCGAGCACUACAUCUGUCUGAACUGUGCAUGUACGUGGCUGCCCUGCUGUCACUUUAUGCCAUUUCGUUUUGUAAAUAAAAUAGUUUUGCACAAAUGUUU